AGUGACAGUGACACAAAUAACAAACAAUUGCAAGUGAUUUUUUUUCUUGUGGUUUUUUUGCUAUAAAAAUUGCACAAAAAUAUAAAGUUCUUGUGAAGUACAUACAAGUUGCCCGCGACGUGUGGUGUUUUUAAUUAUUAAAAAACAACAACAAAUUCACUCGUGCCGGUCGCGAAAUUUAAUACCCUAAUUCGACGUUUCUGCCACCGACGAGGGAUGCCCUGCGAUUGUUCAAGUUGCAAAAGGAAAGUGGCAGCAGGAUUGAAAGAUCCAAACGAAGAACCAAAGGUUCGUUGGGCGCCGAGGAUGCCCUCGCACAGUCCACUGCGACAACGCGACGAACUUCGUCGGAGCGAGUCGCCACUUCCAGGGCCUUCGGGAGCGCAUAGAGAAGGAGGCAGACGCCAUUCGAGAAUUCGCGUCAAGAAGCGGAUGCGAGUUUGCAUUCACACCGCCUCGGGCUCCGCACAUGGGCGGGCUUUGGGAGGCAGGUGUGAAAACUGCAAAGCACCUACUCCUACGAGCGGUGGGCAGCGCGCUCCUAACCGCAGAAGAGCUGGAGACGGUGCUCGUCGGGAUCGAGGCGGCGAUGAACUCCCGGCCGCUAGGCGCGCUAUCCAACGAUCCCAGCGACGGAGAAGCGCUAACACCAGGGCACCUGCUGACAGGCGGGCCGCUAUUCCCCAUCCCAGCACUCCGGACCCCGGACCAGGCGGGUCUCAGUUGCUUGCGGCGAUGGCAACUUGUCUCCAAUAUGCAGUGUUCUUCGAAGGUCUUGGAUAUCAUCAGCAAAUCAUCCAGGUACACAAACACUCGACUGCGCAGUCGCUGUGGGAUCACCUUAUCCAUCACCCUACAUAA